CGGCGGCACCGCCCCGGAGCGGCUGGGGCCGGGCGGGGCCCCCGGGCCGCCCUUAAAGCCCGGUCGCCCCCGGCAUCCUCCUUCCUUCCCCGAGCGCCUCGCCGGGAUCGCGCCGGCAGCAUGGCUGCAAAAAGUAAGAGUAAGGGCAUAUCGCCAAGCUGCUUUGGCUACCCCUUGAGCAUCUUCUUCAUCAUCAUCAAUGAGUUCUGUGAGAGGUUCUCCUACUAUGGCAUGCGAGCGGUGCUAGUUCUGUAUUUCAAAUAUUUCCUGCAAUGGGAUGACAACUUGUCUACAGCCAUCUACCACACAUUUGUCGCUCUGUGCUACUUGACACCGAUCCUUGGAGCGCUCAUUGCGGACUCUUGGCUGGGGAAGUUUAAGACAAUUGUCUCCCUGUCUAUUGUCUAUACAAUUGGGCAAGCAGUCAUGUCUGUGAGCUCUAUAAAUGACCUGACCGAUCACAACUGGGAUGGCUUUCCCGAUAAUGUAUCGUUGCACAUUGCUCUGUCCAUGAUUGGCUUAAUCCUCAUUGCACUUGGUACUGGUGGGAUCAAACCUUGUGUGUCAGCAUUUGGUGGAGAUCAGUUUGAGGAUGAUCAGGAAAAACAAAGAACUAGAUUCUUCUCUAUCUUUUAUUUGUCCAUUAAUGCUGGCAGUCUCCUAUCUACUAUAAUCACCCCAAUUCUCAGAGCUCAAGAGUGUGGCAUUCACAGCAAACAGCGAUGUUACCCACUAGCUUUUGGUGUUCCUGCUGCCCUCAUGGCUAUCUCCUUGGUUGUGUUCAUAACUGGAAGUAGAAUGUACAAGAAAGUUCAACCUCAAGGAAAUAUAAUGAUUCAAGUUUCCAAAUGCAUUGGAUUUGCCAUCAAAAACAGGUUUCGGCAUCGCAGCAAGGAGUUCCCCAAGAGAGAGCACUGGCUAGACUGGGCGAGUGAGAAGUAUGAUAAACGACUGAUUGCUCAGAUCAAGCUGGUGUUGAAGGUGCUUUUCCUUUAUAUUCCUCUCCCUAUGUUCUGGGCGCUUUUUGACCAACAGGGGUCAAGAUGGACACUGCAAGCCACAACAAUGGAUGGGGAUUUUGGAUUUAUGAAGGUUCAGCCAGACCAAAUGCAGACUGUGAAUCCCAUCCUGAUUAUUGUAAUGGUCCCAGUUGUAGAUGCUGUGGUUUAUCCUUUAAUCAAGAAAUGCAAGAUCAAUUUUACGCCCCUGAGGAAGAUCACUGUCGGUAUGUUCCUUGCAUCUUUGGCUUUUGUUGCUGCGGCCCUUGUGCAAGUGGAAAUAGAUAAAACUCUUCCAGUUUUCCCUGCCGCUGGGCAAUCUCAAAUCAAAAUAGUAAAUCUAGGUACUGAUGGUGCAACAGUUGAGUUUGGACAUCUUCAGAAUGUCACUGUAAAGCCUAUGGAGUCAACGGGCUACAUAACUUUUGAGACUUCUCAGUUGCAAUCACUAAGAGUAAUUUCUGGAAAUAAAACUAAAGAUGAAGUUCUCAACUUGCCAGGGGAAAACCGUCACACUCUUGGAGUUAAAAAAACUGCAACUGAUAUUGUUACUCGAUUGCUGUUCGACAAUGUCGUAUCAAAACCGGAAGAAGGAAAUAAUCUCAUCAGGUUAAUAAACAAUUUUCCUGAUACUGUUAAUGUCACUAUGGGUGACACUUCUUUUGGAGCACUGAUGACCUUUUCUGCCAGUAAUUACACACUCUUUCCAGGAGGAAGAGAUGACAACAUUACGGUUAUUACAAAUUCAGCCAAAUGUUCAGUUACUUCAAAGGCAUUUGGAUUUGGCAGUGCCUAUACAAUUGUACUUAAUGAGUGUAUUGGAGACACUCUUAAUUUAGUGUAUUCUGAAGAUAUCCCACCCAAUACAGUUCAUAUGGCUUGGCAGAUCCCUCAGUAUUUUAUUCUUACGUGUGCAGAAGUAGUCUUCUCUGUCACUGGGCUGGAGUUUUCCUACGCACAGGCUCCUUCUAAUAUGAAGGCAGUGCUGCAGGCAGGAUGGCUGCUGACAGUGGCUGUCGGUAACAUCAUCGUUCUUAUCGUGGCUGGAGCAUCCAAACUCAGUGAGCAGUGGGCAGAGUAUGUACUAUUUGCUGCCUUGCUGUUGGCAGUUUGUAUCAUUUUUGCUGUCAUGGCUUAUUUUUACACCUAUACUGAUCCAAAUGAGAUUGAAGCACAACUUGAUGAGGAAGAAAAGGAACAAGUCAAAAAGGACGAAUAUGUCUAUGAAACCCAAGCUGAGGCUGUCUCUCAGAUGUAAGAGGUGUAUUCAAAGAGUAAAUUAUGGAAUUCCAUUAACUAUCCCUGCACUAAGAGGAAUCGGGGUAUCAGUAACACCUCUGGAUAAUAUAUCUCAUGGGAGAAGUUAAGAAAAACUGUUUAACUUAAAAUGCAGCCUCUCUUAGGAAGCAAAAGGAAAAGGUUAGUCUCUCGUCUCCUGAACAUGGUCUCCUGAAGAAACUCCAGCAGAAUUUGCACUUUUAAUGUACCUCAGGCUUAAAUACCAGAGCAUUAAAAUACUGAGAUUGCACUACUGGACCCUGUGAAAAGAUGUAUUUUUAUACUGCAUUUCAAUUUUAUAUCAUGAAAGAAACAAGUAUUGCCAAGAAAUACUAAUCACAAGCCAAGCUGUCUGCGUAACCCCUUUAACCUCACUGUUACUUGAAAGCAGCAGGUCACAUGUGCCUUAAAUUCUUUUGUACUUCUUUAUGGAUAAUGGGAGCAAAGCUCUGGCAUUGCUCGGGUUAAAAUGCUGUCUAUGUCCAAAUUACUGCCAUGUGGAACACGUGUUGUAAUAUAAUGCUUUAUGUGCCUGUUAACUACCCAUUUAACUCCUGUGAUGUUUUUAAAUUAAAUAUAUUAAUGAGGUCUCCACUCAGGUAAACAGACAAUGGCAAAUGAUGUUCAGAACAGCAAUAAAAAUUGUGUUGUACCAAAAUAAUAGAA